AUCUUGCAGUCGAGAGAUUUAUUAAUAAUUUAUUAAUAACAACAACUGAAGUCGGUAUAACGCGGACGCGAGCCUCCCUUCGCAAUAUUGAAGAGUGACUAGAGCUUUGGCCUACCUGAGAGAAAGGGAAAUGGAGAAUUUGCAAAAUCUAAAAUCGACUGACACGUCGAAGUACAAUUUGCGGUGCAACCGAAACAUCAGCGAAAAAAUGACAAAGAAAGAUUUCGUCUAUGACAUACCGGCGCCGUUUCAACUCAUGAGGAAGGUAAAAAAAACCGAAAUACGCCGGCAAAUCGUUCUGCCAAUUCAGCUUCGCAGGAAACUUGGAUCAGACUCAAAACCACCUCGUUACGCGGUAAUCCCGACCAAUGAGGGACUCGAAUUAAUCAAUGAAUCCGCCGAGCCUCACGCUGACCAGGUCCCAGAGCGCAAGAUCCUGCGGUUCCAGUGUAAUUAUUGCCAGGAGCGAUUGGCGACGCGACUGUCUUUGUCGACCCACGUCAAGUAUCACUGCGGCACCUACUGCACCACCUGUUUCUGGAUCCUGAAACCGGAUGAAACGAUGACGCAGCACAUCCAGAGAGCACAUCCGGUUCCAAUUCCCGCCCCAAAUCCGUCGACGUCUGUUCCUCGAAGGUGA